AUGACACAAAUACACCACUGCCGAGACUUCAUCAGUCUCCCUUCUCCUAGUGCAUCGCCAUACCACAUCUUCUUCCUCCCCGGAAACCCCGGGCUAGUAGAAUACUACGCCAAAUUCCUGUCCCUACUACACUCCGCCCUCAACCAGGCACCAUCAACAACCCAAUUUAACAUUGCAGGCUGUUCUUAUGCCGGAUUCGAAACAGAAAAUUCGUCUUCAAAAGAAAAUGAUGGGAAAUUGUACGACAUCACCGAACAAGUAACCUUCUGCCUUGACCAGUUACAAGAAUAUAUCAACGGCGGAACAAAAGACAUGCUGGCGGAGACAAAACCAAAAGUCAUUCUUAUAGGCCACUCAUUCGGCACGUUCGUUAUUGCAGAGAUAAUGAAACGGCUAUACACCUCUUCUGCCCAAGACGAAAAGCAGAACUAUGAAAUCAUAGGAAACAUACAUCUCUUCCCACCGAUUCCGGACCUUGCCAAAAGUCCGAGGGGAGUCAAAGCUGCGGGAGUAGCGACAUGGAAAUACCUCCCCAGCAUAAUGUCCUUCAUCGCCAAUGCAGUCUACAAUCUUCCCCUCAGCUGGUCCAAUGCAGUCGUGAGAUACAUGACUGCAUUCCCCUCGGAUUCGGAUGCAUUGUAUACCACGCGCCAGUUCUUUGGUAGUCGGACCGGUGUUGCUCAAGCUCUAUACCUGGUAAAAUUCGAAUUCGACGAGAUAAAACUCUCCCGCUGGGAAGAAGCUUUCCGAAGCAUUGCAUCUUACCACAAGCACCAGCAACAGAAAAAAUUCCCGAUACGCAUCUUCUUCGGCGCAAAUGACCACUGGGUCGACAACGAGUUGCGCGAUGCAUUUAUGUACAAAUAUUGCGACCCUAGUGGUCCUUUAGCGUUUGGCAAAGAGGCGCUGGAUCUAAAGGCGAGGAUUGAUCCGAGUAGGGAUGGAGAUGAGGGGAGUGUGGUGAUUCCACAUGAUUUUUCGAUUGGACAUAGUGAGCAUGUGGUUCCUUAUGUGGCUGAGUAUGUGGAGGAGAUUAUGGGUAGCAGGGCAUAG